GAACGAUCACAUAUCACACCAUCACAGCCAUUUCAAAGCCACCCAGGUGGAAAUCCAAUCCUUUUGUCAGUUUUUCGUGGACACCAAAUCCACACUCGACACCAAAUCGUACGAGCGCAAACAGUCUGAUACCAUGGAAAACAAACUCGAGGACGAAAGCUCCAACACCAGCGAAGUUGAGUUGCCACUUCCUCCUGACUUGCUUGAUGAUAUUGAGGCAGGAAUGUCCACGCUUCCUAGCGAUUUGCCGGUUAUGAGGGUCAACUGCAGUUGUUCUCCGCAGGGCGACGAAAUGAGUCGCAUCACCGCCAAUACCGACAAUAUAGACGAAGGAGACUUGAUGUAUGAUGGACACGACCUGACAAAAACAUCUGUGGCUGGUGGCACGGAACAAACCAGCGACGACAACGAAGAGUGUCCUCGACCUACUGGAGCCGCCUCCUCUAACAUUUCCUUGACUCCUUCCUUGAGGGCAGCAGCCCCUACGCCUUUGAGAUCCUCUCGUAGGCUGAGUUUGCCGGGAGCUUUUCGAAUGGGCCUGGGUGGUGUGACUGUACCAGCCACCGACGAAAUCAGCCGAGACGAGUCUCAGUCUGUAGAAAGCGUUGGUUUUCAAACUCACAACGCUCAUGAAGCAAUGAACGAAGUUCUUAUUGAGGCCACUUUGGUCAGUGACCAAUCCAUUGUCACAGACGAUGAAUGUAGGCCCAGGCGACAAUCAGACUCAAUGCAGUUUUCUAUAGCAGCAUCGAAUCAGCCUGAUGUAGCCUUGGUGGAAGCUACACCAUUGCACCGAUUCUGCCUCUGUGACAUGCUCGGAAAUUGGAAAGCAAUAUGCUUUAUUAUUCUUGUCAUCAUUGCUAUUGUAGCUGUGGCAGCAACCAUUGAAAGGAAUAGACUAGCUGGCAACCUUGCCUUGGAACCGCCACCACAAGAAGUGAAGGAUCCUUCCAUCCUUGAAGACUUAUCCACAGUUGCACCACCCUCUGUUUUGACAACACCCAUUACUCCAACGCCUACAGCACUGCAUGUUUCAUCUGUAUCUAUUCUGUCUGUUCUGGAAGAAGCAGAGAUUCCUUUGAAGUAUCCAUCAGAGGCACCAAUCCAGGGGGCGGAAGGAUCCAGUGCUGGAGCUGAAAAACCUCCGGAACAAAGCUUUGUACUGGCUCCUAUUUUGUCUCCAACCAAAGCACCAACAUUAGAACCUACAACACGUGCUCCAAUGUUGGCCCCAACCGAAGCCCCUUCCUUCACACCAUCCAAUCACCAAAGGACUGAAACCCCUUCUUCUGAACCAGUACCCACCACACUGGCUCUAGCUGAAGCCCCUUCCUUCAUACCGUCCAAUCACCAAGUGACUGAAACCCCUUCAUCUGGACCAGUACCUCCGAUGUUGGCUCUAUCUGAAGCCCCUUCCUUCAUACCAUCCAAUCACCAAGUGACUGAAACCCCUACAUCUGCACCAACACUCAUAAAACUUCCCUUACCAGAGUACACUCUGCAAGCCUUGAAUAAUCCUCGAUCACCCCAGUCCCUUGCCUUGGACUGGCUGUUUGAGGAUCCCAAGCAACUUGAAUACUCAACAGACAAACAAAUACAGAGGUUUGCUCUGGCUACAUUUUAUUUUGCUUUGAAUGGGGAACUCUGGAUGAACAGAACUAAUUGGCUGUCAUAUGACUUUGAUGAAUGUCUGUGGCAUACCGACUUGGAGCCACAGGAACGAGUCUGUGUAACAGCAACAACUCCUGUGCAGGAUUCCGAGUACCAAGCUUUGGUUAUGCACACCAAUGACAUGGUUGGUAAUCUGCCAAAGGAAACUUGGUUGCUGACCUCCUUGUCAACAGUUGCUUUGUUUGAACAGCCAGUCAGAGGAGAAUUACCCGAAGAAGUGGGUUCGCUCACCAAUAUGAAGGAUUUGACAUUAAGACAGCUGGUUCUGACUGGUUCUUUGCCAAGUACGUUGGGCAGACUAGGGCAAUUGACAUCUCUCAAGAUGGACAAGAAUUGGUUCCAUGGAUCAAUUCCAUCUGAGUUUGGGAGGAUGGAGAAUAUCCAGCACAUCUAUCUCUCCAGAAACAACUUAAGCGGCCCUCUUCCAAGUGACUUGGGUGUCUUGCCCAAUCUGGAAGUUCUCAGCAUCCAUUCCAAUGCAAUCUCGGGAAUGAUUCCAACUGAGCUUGGAUUGCUGCCCAAGCUUCAAAAAGCUUAUCUCAGCAACAACCAGUUCACUGGAGUGCUGCCAUUGGAACUAAUCACUGAGCUUACUGCAUCAUCUUUACAAAUUCUUGACCUUGGAAACAACAAGAUUUCAGGAACCCUUCCUGCUUCACUAGGGCUAUUGACCAAUGCACACACAUUGGACUUGUAUGGCAAUCAAAUCACAGGAAGUCUCCCAACUGAGCUAGGUUUGCUGGAAAAUGUCUCAUCUAUUCUUCUAGACUCAAACCACUUGACUGGGACAGUUCCCUCACAACUUGGGCUCCUGACAAACUUGGAUGCUUUAUCAUUGGAAAACAAUGCUUUGUCAGGGUCACUGCCUGAAGAGAUCUGCAACUUGAAGAUGAUCAAUCAAAAUAUCAUAAUUAUUGUGGACUGCAGCGAUGUUUCCUGCAGCUGCGAUUGCUGUGGUUGUAACUGUGGCAUUACUUCUGGCAGUGGUGAAGUCACCCUGACAUCAAGAGUUGCAAAUGAUCUGCACCAGUCAACACUUCCAUAAUGACUUUACUAAAAAGCCCUCGAGAGUGUCCAGUCUAUUGAACAUGAGGGCUGUUUCCAAACUGUUUGAGGUCUCCACAUAGCUGUUUUGUUUUGGCUAUGCUAGCUAGCUUGCCAAGUGUACCAGCAUAGAUCACAUCAUUGUAAAGGUUUCAAUUGGCUUCAGUUCAUUAUCCAGAGAAGGCGGGACAGACUGCCGUCUACAGUAGGUCGGUGCCCUCGACCUGUAUUUUGCUCAAUGAAAGCCAAGGCUGCUAUUAAUAGCAGCUAGCUAGCUAGCUAGCUAUCUGAUAGCUAGAUAGCUAGGCAUACGGUAACUGGUUGUUGAGGGCAAUAUUGCAAUAUCCCUAUCGGUCUUGUACAUGUAGCUCCACCCGUAGGAUACUACAUGCAUGCUAGCUGGCGAACAUGCAAAAGAAAUACCGUGUAAUGGCUCCUUAAGGCGAUUUCCAGAGAACUGGAAAAUGAAAGCAGCCCCUGGCUACCAGCUGAAGACAAGACACUCAAGUGCAAGAUACAACAACUCCUUACGCUUCCCAAGGCAAUUACACCCAUUGAUUGCAAUUCCGGGGGUGCCGGUGCGUUGACAACGAGAAAACAACACGAGGGCUGAUCACAAUAGCAAUAGCUCAUCAUCUGAAUUGGCCUCUCGGUUUUCCCAUGAUCACCUAUCAGGAGAACGAAUCGAAUCUACAUGUAUCUUAUCAAAUCCACCAAUCCCACGCGACAUCGACAUUUGAGGUCCAUUGUCGUUUUCCUUUUCGCCUCCGUAUGGCUCUAAACCUUGCCACCUAUCUCAGUUGCUUCCUUUCCUGCUUUCCGUGUCGUGGGUUGAAAAGUUGAAAAUAGUUCGAAAGUGCAGAGGCCUUGGGCCAGCUCAACGAAACAAAAUUAAUGUUGUAUGCAUUGUCGGAACCAGAACCUCGUGUCAUGACAAUAAAUCCGGUCAAAAAGUGAGCGGAUGAAUCAUCAGCUUCAGCCAAUCCAAACAUGCCAAAAUAAACGAACCAGGCAAUCAAGGACAGCUUCUCUGUAAUUUCAAAUUAUUAACUCCAUUGCCUUCCUUUCUUUCUGCAAACGGUACCUCAUAAGUCUAUUUUUCCUCUCUUGAUUCGCUUCUUCUUCUGAACCCUUUUCGGAAGCGAAACUGCCGGAGGGAUUCCGAUUUCUUUCUGGAAGGCCGAAGUUGGAGUCAGGUCAUUAAGAAUCAAAAGUUGGGAAGCCUUUCAAAACGGCUUCUCCUUCCCCUAAGCAGAAGAGAAGAGUCCUCAGUCGGAGAGUACCGAUAGUACAGUACUGUACGACAGGUAGGUAUAAUAGUCAGGAGUGCCACCGGUGGACUGACCAGUGGCUUGUUCCCCAUCCAGGGGUAUGAGGCAACUUAUGGAUUGAGAUUUGUUGCAGUGUCUUUCGAAAUGCGUAUUUACUCGUAAUUACGCGGAAUAGAACGUAACUGUACGUAACGUUUAAACUACAC